AUGUCAUUGAUCCGAUCAGCCAGCGGACCAGCAGGUGGUUUAAGCAUCAACACCGGCGCUGCUAACGCCUUAGGCAACACUGCUUCUAACCCUUCUGCUGCAGGAAGUCUCUUUGGUUCAUCUGCCUCCGCUACACCUACCAACAACACCACAGCAACAGCGCAAAGCGGCACAGGCAACAUGUCUCUCUUUGGCGGCGGCGCGCAGAAGACGGGGACCGGCGGUCUUUUUGGACAAUCGACGACAGGAACUACACCUGCCGCUUCAACUGGUGGUGGUCUAUUUGGAAAUGCCAGUGCUACAAACACCCAACAGACACCGAGCACCGGUACUGGCACUGGACUCUUUGGCAACACCGCCGCGAACAACGCCCAACCACAAGGUCAGCAGCCAACUGGAGCGCCAAUAUCAGGGGCUCACUGGGGAAUAGGAAACACUCAACAGUCAACCGGUGGACUCUUUGGUCAAUCGACUCAGCAGAAUCAAACCCAGCAGCAGCCUCAGCAAACAGGCACAGGCCUCUUUGGACAAUCUACAGCAACAAAUACCCAGACCAACACAGGAACCGGUCUUUUCGGUCAAUCUCAAGCUCAGCCAGCCUCUACGGGUACUGGUCUCUUUGGCCAAGCUCAACCUCAACAGCAGCAGCAAAACAACACUCUAGGUCAAUCUACAAACCAAGUCUCAGCCGUACAGAUCAACUAUGACAACAUCCGCCCACGCACUCGGUUCGAUGACCUCGCUAAGCCCGUACAAGACGAAAUUGCGCUGCUGGACAAGGGUAUCCAACGAGUUAUCAAGAUGAGAGAUGAGAUUGGUGAAUUCAUGCCUCAACAUGAGAAAGAUAUUGAACAACUUGGUCUCGACGUUAAGUUCGUCGAGUCCAAAUUCCGCACCGUUCAAGUCGCACUCAACAACGACAUCCAAACCGUUAAGGCUCUCCAGGAUCAAACUCGAAAGAAUGCCGCCGAUGCUCGCCUAUGCUUCCGAGGUGCCGAUAACCUCAAACUUCCUACACAUUACCACCAGACAGGUCUUUUCGCUAGCCAAGCGCCCGCCGCCGAUACCAAUGGUGCAGAUGCUGCGUCGACACAUGCCGAUGCGCAGGAUCUGAUUACCUACUUUAACCGCAUCUGUGACGAUAUCGAAAAGUACAAGGCCCGUCUUGACGAGUACCGCGCAGAUAUUGAGAGAGAUAUGCCUGGAGUUGAGAACGGUCUUUACGAACAGAUUCGAGCUAUGCGCGAUCGCAGCGCCGGCAGCGUCGUUGUACAAGACCAGCUGAACGAGGUGUUGUUGGCGCUGAGGGAUACGGGAAGCGCCAUUGUUGCGCAGGCGGGACAAAUCGCUGACACCAGAGAACGGCUGUCGCGUCUCCAAGCUGGCAUUGUGGACAGCGGAGUGUACGCCAUGGGCAUGAACGCUUAG